AUGCCUUCUUCUGCACCAACACCAACACCACCACCACACCGCGACACCGACACCGAGAGAUCGUCUAUACCCCUGCUCUCCAUCCUAACCCUAGCAGUCGCAAUCUCGCUAGCCCUCAUCUUCGGCUUCGGGGUUACAGCGACCGACAGCGAGCACAAAACACCUACCGCCAAUCUGUUCGGGCUUCGACGCUUCGUCCCCACGUCCUGGGCCCGUCGGCAACUGGGUUCCGUUGCUGGGCUUGAUACUACGGGUAGCGCGCGAGACGUACGGAUUCAGGGAGAUAAUAUGAGGACCCCGGUGUAUUUCCUCAGCCAUGGUGGGCCAAACAUCAUGUACGACGUCGAUCACCCGGCUUACAAGGAGCUGGGCAAGAUCGGGCGCGAGAUCACGACCAAGGUCAAGCCGCGGGCCGUCGUGGUGUUUUCGGCGCAUUGGCAGGCGGGCCGCGAUACGGUGCAGGUGAAUACGGCGGAGAUGACCGAGUUGAUUUACGACUUCUACGGCUUCCCAAGCCAUUACUACGAGGAAAAGUAUCCCAACGUCGGCAGCAAGGAGGUUGCGACCAAGGUGCUUGAUGCGUUCAAGGAGGCGGGGAUCAAGGCUGAGGGUGUCAAGAGGGGGCUGGACCAUGGUGUCUGGGCGAGUUUCAAGUGCGCAUUUGAACCCGAGUCCAAUCCGUUAAAUGUUCCGAUCGUGCAGGUCUCCCUGUUCAACAGCGAAGAUCCCAUGCAGCAUUUCCGACUCGGACAGGCGGUCCAGAAACUCCGAGAGGAAAACAUCCUCAUCAUCGUAUCCGGCAUGGCCGUGCAUAACCUGCGGGAUCUGCGAUUCACCUUUGGGAACCCGCGGCCGAUGCCGUAUACCGUCAGUUUCGACGAGGCGCUAAAGGAUGCUGUGACGACUUCGCCGACGGAGAGAGCGCAGGCUCUUACCGAGUUGCUGAAGCGCGGAGAUGCCCGACAGGCGCACCCGACCUUUGACCACCUCCUGCCUAUCCACGUGGGGGCGGGCGCUGCCGGGGAUGAUCUAGGGAAGCGGCUGUUCACGCUGAAAGAGGGGAGUAUGAGCUGGGCGCAGUUUAGAUUCGGCGAGGUCGCCAAUGCCAGCGCGCUGUGA